AUGACAGACUCUCCCGGACCCGGAAAACUUUCAAAAUUGGGUAGAUUGUUUGGCAAAUCUCAAACAAACUUGCCAACAGUGCUGCAACAACUGGUCAACAGCAAGUCCAAGCUGCCUGCUGUUGGAGGAGAAAAACAAACUCAACAUUCUAAUUUAAACGAAACUACUUCACUGACGUUGUCAACUGCGUCUGAUAUCGAAUCACCUCCACCACAUCCAAAUGAAGAGUACGAUGACGUGUCUCCAUUGCCCUUGAAACAACCUCAACCACGGCAACCGCAUAUUCCGUCACCACUAGCUCAAAACUCACAACAGCCAGCACCAGCAGCAGCAGCACUAUACCAAGUGGACGAAUCGUCGCCGAAGAUAGCGACUAGAGCCGGAUCUCAGUCACCUAACACGCCAGGCCGGGCUUCACCAAAUGUGUCACGCUCAUCAUCUAGAAAAAUGACGAGGCAGCCAUCACUCAGCGUCAAGAACAAUUCCACCACGUCCUUAAACUCUCUGCAGCAGCAGAACCAGUCAAGAUUUGUCAUGUUGGAAAAUGGCCUCCAUGAGCAUCACUUACGAGCCAUGAGACGUCAUGAAAGCUUUCCAAUAUGCGCCGUGCCUGACAUGGCUAUGCAGCUUUCUUCAUCAACACAGUUACAACAACAACAACAACAACAACAACAGCAAGCUGGCCCCAAUAAGCCACCGACGCUAUUUUCUAAUUUGGUGACACAAGUAAAGAAUCACACGAGUCCCUAUCAUCAACCGGGAACUAUUUCUGAGAUCAGUAAUGCCAAGGUUGCUGAAGUUGGCGCUGGUGACGGUGCUGUUUCCGCUGCAGCUGCAGCUGCUGGACCCGAUUGUCGUUCGUUUGUGGAAAAAUAUGGAAGGUGUCAAGAAGUCAUUGGACGUGGUUCAUUUGGAGUUGUGAGGAUCUCUCAUAAGAAGCUUGACCCUGCAUCUUCGUCGGUUAUUGCCGCAACUCCCGGAACUAAUGGACAGGAAAAACUUUACGCAGUAAAAGAGUUCAAGAAGAAGCCAAAUGAGAAUGAGAAAAAGUACAAUAGGCGGCUAACGUCAGAGUUUUGUAUUUCAUCAUCACUAAAACAUUUGAAUAUCAUAGAUACUUUGGAUUUGCUAAAGGAUGCCAAGGGCGAGUAUUGUGAGGUUAUGGAAUUUUGCACAGGGGGUGACUUGUACACAUUGAUUAUUGCGCUGGGUAAGCUAGAGUAUGCCGAGGCUGAUUGCUUCUUCAAACAGCUAAUAAGAGGGGUAAACUAUAUGCAUGAUAUGGGUGUCGCACAUCGUGAUCUAAAACCAGAGAAUAUACUAUUGACGCAGAAUGGUGUUUUGAAAAUUACUGAUUUUGGAAACUCCGAGUGCUUCAAGAUGGCUUGGGAAGAGGAAGUGCAAUUUUCCGAUGGAGUAUGUGGGUCGUCUCCUUAUAUUGCUCCCGAGGAAUUCACACAAGAUCUGUUUGAUCCUCGUUGUGUUGAUAUUUGGGCAUGUGGCGUCAUUUACAUGGCCAUGAGAACAGGUCGUCAAUUGUGGAAAUUGGCAGAUCCAAAGAAGGAUGAGUUUUUUGAAGAGUACCUUAUCAAGAGAAAAGAAGCUACUGGCUAUGAGCCUAUUGAGAGUUUGAAACGUGCUCGCUGUAGGAAUGUUAUAUACUCAAUCUUGGACCCAAAGCCAGAGAGAAGGAUAACUGGGAAGCAGAUAUUAAACAGUGAAUGGGGUAGAGAAAUCAAGGUGUGUAAUGCAGGAGAGGGAAUUGCCGAAGUAGCAGCUGUGUAG